UCUCCGACAAUCAAUUAUCUCUUUCAAAGAAAAUAAAGAAGCUAUUCUUGAAAUGGAGUCUACCGGAAAAGUGAAGAAGGGUGCCGCCGGCAGGAGGGGAGGAGGCCCAAAGAAGAAGCCUGUUUCCCGGUCUGUAAAGGCCGGUCUUCAGUUCCCCGUUGGAAGAAUCGGAAGGUUUUUGAAAAAAGGCAGAUACGCUCAACGUGUUGGUUCUGGUGCUCCCGUUUACUUGGCCGCCGUUCUUGAAUAUUUGGCUGCUGAAGUGUUGGAGUUGGCUGGAAAUGCUGCUCGUGAUAACAAGAAGAACAGAAUCAUCCCAAGGCACUUGCUUUUGGCUGUGAGGAAUGAUGAAGAGCUAGGGAAACUUCUUGCUGGUGUAACAAUUGCACAUGGUGGUGUUCUUCCUAACAUCAACCCAAUUUUGUUGCCAAAGAAGACUGGAGGUGAAAAGGCCCCUAAAUCUCCAUCCAAAGCUACCAAGUCUCCCAAGAAGGCUUAGAUUCUUAAUGGUUUUUUUUUUUUUUUGGAUCUUCUGUGUAUGUAAUUUUGUUGUUAGAAGCUGAUGAUUAUCCUUGAUGGAUAUUAAAUGGAAUUAGUUGAAACUACUGUUAGUUUUUUUUGCCUCAAUCAUCAAUCAAUGAAACCCCUUGUUUCGACUUUACAA